GGAACCAUGGCACAACAGCCAACAUACAUUCUCGCUCCGAACUUUCAUUUCAAGCCCGGAACAGGGCCCAUCGCACUGGGCAAUAUCAUUGCCGACCCAUUACGGCCACACCGCGCGCUAACUACUGUGGAUGCCGCGGUUCUAAAAGCCAGAUACCCACAAAUCGAAAUAUUUACCCAUUAUGACUAUAGUACAUCGCGGGGUACGAGUCGUAAUAAUUCACUGAGCGUUUGGGGACAAUUCGUACAAACUAUUGGUGCGAAAGUCUCGGGUGAACAUGGGUCGAGCCUACAUAACACAUACACAAUGGAUGCUCUGGAGACGAGAUAUUUUGUCGGUGAUCCUGAGCUUGAGGAGCUUGAGGCUCGGCUGAAGGCGCCCCGUGUACAAGCUGUGCUUAGGACAAGCAGUAUACCAGGCUUUAGGCACCCAGUGUAUAUGGUGACCGGGUUAAUGAUAGCCAAGGGAUUCGCCGUGACCCACGAGACAGGCAAAACUAGAGGAGGCGAGAUUGGGGUUGAAGGGUCUGCUCCCACCCCUGCAGGUCAGGCUGGAGCUGGCAUUAAUAUGGCUCGAUCGAGCUCUAUAGAGCAAAGUGAGGAAUGGAAAGCACGUGAUGACAUUGUUUUUGCGUAUCAAUUGUUGAAGCUUGAAGCAAAAGGAUGGAAGGGAACGAGGAUUGAAUACGAUGAGGUGAGGCAUAAGGCAGCAUAUUUAAGCCACGAGGAAGGAGAGGAAUAUGAUGACGAAGACGAGGAGGAUCUGGGAGAAGUGACAGCCACUCUGACGAGUCCGGACAAUCUCCAGACUUUGCAAAAUACUGGUGGACUCAAGACAGUUCAAUUGGGGGAAGGUCAGUCUAGCAUAACUUGUAUCUUUCUACCUGAUGUUUAGAAUCUAUAACUAUGUUCAUUUUCUCUGCCAGUUGAGCCAGAUCUGGGUACAAUUAAUC